UUGGACCUUCUCCGUCCCCAGAGGCUCGACUCGUCCGGAGCUGGCUUCACAUUCGGAGCGAGGCGAUACAAUCGCCCUGAGGUGAGCCGGCAUCCCGUCCUGUUUAUCUGCUCAGCUGUUAGAGCUCCAAGUUCGGAGGAAAAACCGACCCAGGAGAACAAAAUGUCUGCCAUCGUCAGCCCGCUGACCCUCACCCUGAUCCUUCUUCUGCCUUUGGGAUCCAACCAACAAGUCCCCUCCAACUGCGUGAUCAAGAGGGAGCAGGAAAAGUGUAUGGAGAUGAUAGAAUCAGAGUCCGGUUCUGAAUUUGACUGCCCGUGGUUUUGGGACAAUCUGACCUGUUGGCAGCCAGCAAAAAUCGGAGAGGUGAUGGAGGUCAACUGUCCUGAACUCUUCUCCCAGUUCAUCAGCGAGGAAGACUACGAAAUUGGGAAGGUGAGUCGGAACUGCACGGAGUUUGGCUGGUCGGAGACCUUCCCCCACUACAUCGAUGCCUGCCUGUACGAGGAGGGAAACAGCACCCACCCGGACACGUUCUUCGUGUCGGUGAAGGCUCUCUACACUGUGGGCUACAGCACCUCUCUGGUUUCUCUCACCACCGCUAUGGUCAUCCUGUGCAGGUUCAGGAAGCUGCACUGCACCAGGAACUUCAUCCACAUGAAUCUGUUUGUGUCGUUCAUGCUGAGGGCCAUUUCCGUCUUCAUCAAAGACGGCGUGCUGUACGCGGAGGAGGACAGCGACCACUGCUUCAUGCACAUCCUGGAGUGUCGAGCGGUCAUGAUAUUCUUCCAUUACUGCGUCCUGUCCAACUACUUCUGGCUCUUCAUUGAGGGUCUGUAUCUCUUCACCCUGCUGGUGGAGACCUUCUUCCCUGAAAAGAGAUACUUCUACUGGUACACCAUCAUCGGCUGGGGAACCCCGACGGUGUGCGUGGCCAUCUGGGCGGGGCUGCGGCUGCAGUUCGAUGACAUAGGGUGUUGGGACAUGAACGACAACGCCGCCAUCUGGUGGGUGAUAAAGGGCCCCGUUCUCGCUUCCAUCAUGGUCAACUUCGUGCUCUUCAUUGGCAUCAUCGUCAUCCUGGUCCAGAAGCUACAGUCUCCGGAUAUUGGUGGAAAUGAAUCAAGCAUUUACCUUCGGCUGGCCCGCUCCACCCUGCUGCUCAUUCCUCUGUUCGGGAUCCAUUACACCAUCUUUGCCUUUUCUCCUGAGAAUGUCAGCAAGAGAGAGCGUCUGGUGUUUGAACUGGGCCUCGGAUCCUUCCAGGGCUUCGUGGUGGCCGUUCUCUACUGCUUCCUGAAUGGAGAGUAUAUCCCUCAAGGUGCAAUCGGAGAUCAAGAGGAAAUGGCGCAGCUGGACGGUGAACAGGUACUUUGCUGUGGACCUGAAGCACCGGCAUCCUUCGCUGGCGAGCAGUGGGGUGAACGGGGGCACGCAGCUGUCCAUCCUCAGCAAGAGCAGCUCCCAGAUCCGGAUGUCCAGCCUGCAGGCCGAGACCCCGGCCACCUGAGCGAGGACCCCGCCGGCCCCAAACCCACCAUCAUCCCAAUGACCAGCCUCACCAACCCGUACCCAAACCCCUACCCGGAAGAGACCAUGAUGGAGACCCAACUCAACUCCACCGACCCCGAGCAGCCUCUCGUCUGA